AUGGAAUCAUCAAUAGACCAAGUCGCCGCCAAGUGUGGUAAGCAGCUUGACACGUUCCAACGCUGCAUCUUGGCCAACCAGCAAAACCCUGGAGCCUGCGAGCAAUACAAAACGGAGCUAUCCCGAUGCGCUGCUUCGGCAGUACCCCUGCUCAACGAAAUCAAAAACCGCUGCGUUGCCCAAGUCAUCGCCUACGACAAGUGCCUCGAACAAUUUACCUCGAAAGGCGACACAGAGCUGGAAAAGAAUUGCACGCCGAAGUUGAGGGAUCUCUGGUUCUGCACAGAGAAGGUCAAGCGCGAGAUUGAAGCAAAGGAUGAUGUGGAAUUGCAGAAGAGCAAGCAGUCGGGCAGAGAAGCGCUGUCCAAGCAACACUUCUCAUAG